AUGGACUUUGGUGAGUGGGCUGGAGUGGUCGGAGAACGAACCGAGGAAAAGGAUGAUCAGGCUAUCGAGAUGAAGAAUCAGCAGGAGAGGUUCGUUGAUAUAACAUGCAAAGAAGAACUAGCUAAACCGCCCCUUGUAGCUUAUGCAGAAGCUACCCUCCAAUCUGAGAGCGUAUGCCGCGAUGGUGCGAAUCCGGCCAAUUCGCAAAUAGAGAGGACUAGGAAUUUUCAGCUGCUAGACGAAGCCGCUGAUACAGCUAACACAAUUAUAUGUUGCGUAAUGCAUCAAAACCGCAUUAUCGACGAUAUAUUAACGCUGUCCAGAUUGGAUUCAAAUCUCCUUCCGAUAUCACCCGAACCCGCGCAACCCAUCCAGUUAAUCCGAAAUGUCCUCAAGAUGUUCGAUGCCGAGUUUAAACGAGCAGAAACAAAACUCGACGUCAUUGAGCAAGCGUCUCUUAUAGGUCCUAAAGUAGACUGGACAUUACUUGAUCCGUCUCGCGUCCUCCAAAUUCUCAUCAAUCUCAUGACAAACGCCACAACGUUCACACGCACACAAGCCCAAGGCCGCCUUGCAUCCUCAUUUGCCGGCGCCAUGUCUGCCGGAACGGGGUUUCCGCAUUUAGUUGUCGAGGAUAACCUCGUCAAUUAG